AUGGAGAUUUUUGAAGGAGUCUUUCUUCUCACUGGAGCGUGGAUCGUUCUCCACGCGGGCUUUGCAGUGUACAAUCUCUUCUUCCAUCCUCUCCGAGAAUACCCCGGUCCCAAACUCGAUGCAGCGACACAGCUUGUUUAUGUCUAUUAUAUGGUGAAAGGAGACAGCUGCAAGCAUCUCGCAAGACUUCAUGAGAAGUAUGGCGAGGUUGUUCGAGUCGGCCCCAACGAAAUCUCCUAUUUGACGGUGUCGGCCAACAAAACAAUAUUUGGAAACAAACCCACGGAAGAAGCUACUUUCGAAAAGAACCCAGCUGUUUAUAUUCAGGCAUCGGGGAUGGCGGAAAAUCUUUUGUUUGCCAACACCCGCGAACAUCCCCGGAUCAAGAAGCUCAUGGCUCCAGCGUUCUCCGAUCAGGCGAUCAAAGAACAAGAACCGACAAUUCAACAGUUGACCAGCGUCAUGAUGAACAAGCUUCGCUAUAAUAGAUCCGGCAAAGCAUAUUAUCCAAAUGCAGCUGGGGUAGCGAAUAUUGGUGCUUGGUGCAACUUUCUCGUCUUCGACAUCUUGAGCGCACUUUCAUUCGGGGAAACCUAUGUCAUAUUCAGAACUAUGAAGCACGCCCACUUCAUUCAAUGCGCUCACCGACUCAAGCCCUACCACAGAUUACUCGAGAUGUUGAUCCCCGGAGAAAUCAGUGAUCCUUCCGAGAGACACAUGGAAAACGUCCGGAAGUAUGUACGAGCACGUGAGAAAGCAGACACCGGCUCAGACACCGGUUCUCAAGCAGAUUUUGCUUCCUACAUUUUGAAAGGGAUGUCGGAGGAUGAGAUGGUCGACAAUAUUAACAUUCUCUCAACUGCCGGCACUGAGACAACAGCCACAACUCUUUCGUCGCUGUUCUACUACUUAACCCACAACCCUCAUAGCUACCAGAAACUCGUGGCAGAGAUUCGCUCUAGUUUCACACACGAAAAUGAGAUUACUUUCAAUGCUAUUGGUAACCUGAAGUAUCUGAAAGCUGUCAUCCAGGAAACCUUUCGUAUUCACCCCUCUGUUCCUGUGGGAUUUCAUCGCAUCACCCCCAAGGCUGGCAGCUACAUUGAUGGCCAAUGGGUCCCUGGAGGGACAUGGGUUUCAGUAGCCCUCCUCGCAGCAUACAGAUCGCCAAGAUACUGGCAGCGCGCGAAAGAGUUCAUUCCGGAGAGAUGGCUAGGUGAUCCCGAGUUUGCCUCAGACAACCGUCAGAUUUGGGCACCUUUCUCAAUUGGUCCGAGAAAGUGCAUCGGAAUGAAUUUGUCGUACUUGAACAUGCGAUUGAUAGUUGCUCGUUUGCUCUGGAAUUUUGACUUUGAGGCGCAGUCUGACAACAUUGAUCCGCACGAACUAAAGGAAUACGGGGUUUGGCAAGGCCAUGUUCCGCUGAACCUACGGAUCCGCGACGCACGAGCUUCACGAGUGGGGGCAUAG